UAAUUUGAAAAAUUGAUCCCGAGAGAAACCUGGCGCGUCAUGCUUCUUCGAAUGCAACCGCAACCAAAGCCAGUUAUUACUCUACCAUCUCCACUCAAACCCUAACCAACAAACCCUGAACCCACCACGACAAAUUUCCCACUCUCACUUUCAUUCCGGCACGAACAAAACCCUAACCCGAUGGAGAACCGAACCACCCAGGUUCGGUGCCCGGAGAACCAGGAGCUGGCCACCUACGUGUGGAACAAGUGGAAGGAAAUGGCGCAGCAACCCAAAGGCAUUUCUGACAACAUCGACAUGACCCUUUCCAAGGCCCACUUUAAUCUCUGUAACUCCAAAACCCCCAUUCGAACCAUCAAAGAUUUCUCUCAAGUCAAGGGUGUGGGGAAAAUGAUUUUGAAGCUCAUGCAGGGGUUUUUUGGGACUGGUUCUGAACCAGAAGACUUGACUAAAAAGGGAAAAAGAACUAAAGGAACCAAACGUUAUAUGCCUCAGAGGAACUCUGUGGCAUAUGCAUUGUUGAUAACCCUUUACAGGGGAACUUCAAGCGGGAAUGAAUUUAUGCAUAAACAGGAACUAAUUGACGCUUCCGAAGCAAGUGGGCUAUCUCGAGUGCCGAUUGCGCCAGAAAAAGGGAAAGGAAAACCUGGACAUUUUGGAAGUUCUUCACGGGAUUGGUAUAGUGGAUGGAGUUGCAUGAAGACCUUGAUAGCUAAGGGAUUAAUUGUAAAAUCAAGUUGCCCUGCUAAGUACAUGCUAACUCAAGAAGGUAAGGAAGCAGCACGCGAUUGUCUUGCAAGAUCUGGAAUGGCAGAAUCUAUAGAGAUGUCGUCUUCUGUUGAAAUUCCUUCUUGUAUGGAUAACCAAAACUUGUUGGAUGUGGAGCUCAAUGGUCAUGACUUGGAAUCAGAGGUGUUGUCACCCUUGACCCAGCAAAAGAAGCCAAUAGAUGUUCCUCUUGAUUGCCUUGAGAGGUUUACUCAAAUGGGUUACUCCAAGGAGCACAUUAUUGGUGCUUUCACUGAAGUUUCCAAAAGCCAUCCAAAUAAAGAUGUCUCAUCUCUGUGGCCUGCUGUUUUAUGUCAUCUUCGAGAGGAACAAGUCUAUGGUUCACAGCCAGAAUCUCAAAGGUCCAGAGACCUCAUUGUAAAAGACAGCAGAGCUGUGAGCUUGCAUGUGCGAAACAUUUGUUCUCAUGAUAUUCCUCCUUUCACCUUGAGAGCUUGCUCAUCAGCUGACCGACCCAUGCAAAAUCCUAACAAGGAUGAGCUUGUAUCAAAGUUGAACAUUUUAAAUGUGCCACCAUUGAGCUUGGGGGAGAGAUUUGAGGAUGCUUAUGACGUAGUUUUAAUUUUGGAUGAUCGGGAGCAAUUUGCCACACAGGGAUCAAGAUCCAGGAAAAUUAUUGAGAAUAUCCGCAGCCAGUUCAAAAUCCAGAUAGAGGUUCGACGAUUGCCAGUCGGAGAUGGGAUUUGGAUAGCGCGCCAUAAAACUCUGAACAGUGAAUAUGUGUUGGAUUUUAUUGUUGAGAGGAAGAAAACUAAUGAUCUAUGCAGUUCAAUCCGGGAUAACCGCUAUAAGGAUCAAAAACUAAGACUUCUGAGGUGUGGGCUGAAGAAGCUGAUAUAUCUUGUGGAAGGUGACCCAAAUUCUUCUGAAGCUGCUGAAAGCAUAAAAACUGCUUGUUUUACAACUGAGAUUCUGGAGGGAUUUGAUGUUCAGAGAACAAGUGGCUUAGGUGAUACUCUAAGGAAGUAUGGUUAUCUUACCCAAGCAAUUUCUCAAUAUUACAAGUCAGAAAUUUUUGAAGACAAUGUUAAAGGCUCUGGGGCAUGUCCUCCCUUUGAUGAAUUUAUUAAAAGGUGUCAAGACCUUGAAAAAACAACAGUUAGUGAUGUAUUUGCCAUGCAGCUUAUGCAGGUCCCCCAAGUUACAGAGGAGGUUGCCAUGGCUGUGUUGGAUUUGUUCCCCACACUUUUCUCUCUUGCCCGUGCUUACUCACUACUCGAUGGUGAUGGUUGUGCCCAGGAGGAGAUGCUUCGAAGACAGAGUAACAGUGUGAUCAAUGCAGUUGCCAGUAGGAACAUUUUUCAGUUCGUUUGGGGCAGCUGACUUGCAUUUUCCCCUUAAAGUUGAAUUUUUGGAUGUCAAUCCACUAAAGCGAGGUGAAUACCAUAUUUUUCGUACUUUUGUAACUCAUUAUUGAAUGUGUUUGUAAAAUUAUUGGGCAUUAUAACCGAUGCUUAUUUUGGCAGCAAUUUGUAUAUUUUGUAAAGGAAAAUCCCACACACACACACACAUAUAGGGCAUUAGGUAUAGGAGUUAAUUUUUAUUUUAUUUUAUCGUA